GGAAACCGAAACGACGCCAUGUUGGUAUGUUUUUCAGUCUUUCUUUCUCGGGUUGUGCUAAACGUCAACAGCACACGUUCCGUGAGCGGAGAAUUAUUUUUGAUUAAAAUCGAAUAAACUAGCUUCAAAAUGCCGCAGGAAAUUAAGGAAGUGAAAGAUUUUCUCAUCAAGGCUCGCCGGAAGGAUGCCCGUGCCGUCAAGAUAAAGAAGAACGAAAACAACACCAAGUUUAAGAUCCGCUGCUCCCGGUACCUGUACACCCUGGUGGUCCAGGAUAAGGAGAAGGCAGAAAAGCUGAAGCAAUCUUUGCCACCAGGUCUGCAGGUUAAGGAGGUUAAGUGAACUGUGAGCUGAUUGUUUUCCUGAAGAAAUGGAAAUCCUCUUGGUUCGAUGAAUUUUGGCGAAGAAUUCACAUCUAGUGUGUGCUAAUAGAUUCCAAUAAAUGCUGAACAGGAGGAAUAAUUACCUGUAAUAUUCUA